UUGUCAAACUGACUUAAUUCUGAGCUUAAUUGACAACAAACAUUUUAAGUCUGACUUUCAAAGGCAUUUCACCAUGGCAAACGAGGCUGAAGAAACGGUUCGCAAACUUAGCACUCAUAAAGGUGUGGCUGGCGUAAUAAUUGUCAACGGCGAAGGUAUCCCAAUCAAGACAACCCUGGACAACCAUGUCUCAGUACAAUACGCCGGACUCAUGGGUUCCCUCAUAGACAAAGCCAAGUCGGUGGUGAGAGACCUGGACCCCACCAACGAGUUGACGUUCCUUAGAAUUCGGAGCAAGAGGACCGAGAUCAUGGUGGCGCCAGACAAAGACUUUAUUUUAAUUGUCGUUCAAAACCCUGUUGACUGACGAAGGCUCUGGCUUUUCAGCCAACUUUACGAUUCUACUUACGUUAGUUUUUAAUAGAAAGUGUUUUAGUAUAGCUAUUUAGUUUUUAUUAUUUAUAAUUUCUGUAAUCAUGAUUAGAAUAUUCCAUUCCAAAUUCUAUUAGCCCCGCGUACAUACUAACCCCGCGAUCUUUAGCGCGCCAGCUAAUUGAGUGACAAAAUGGUUCUUGUAUUUAAAUCCUCUGCUCACUGCGUUAGAUCAUGGGGUCAGUUU